UCCCUUUGUCAUUCUAGCUGCCUGCUGCCUCCGCAGCGUCCCUCUCGAACUCUCUGUGCUAACUGCCUGCGCCUUAAAGACUGACAGGGUGCGCAAAGCAAAAGGAUUAGUUGGCACCUGCCUUGGUGACCCCAUGGCAUCCCCCAGAACCAUAACUGUCGUGGCCCUCUCAGUGGCCCUGGGACUCUUCUUUGUUUUCAUGGGGACUAUCAAGUUGACCCCCAGGCUCAGCAAGGAUGCCUACAAUGAGAUGAAACGUGCUUACAAGACGUAUGUCCGAGCCCUUCCUCUGCUGAAGAAAAUGGGGAUCAAUUCCAUUCUCCUUCGCAAAAGCAUUGGGACUCUUGAGGUGGCCUGUGGCAUUGUCAUGACCCUUGUGCCUGGACGUCCCAAAGAUGUGGCCAACUUCUUCCUGCUCUUGCUGGUGUUGGUUGUGCUCUUCUUCCACCAGCUAGUCGGUGAUCCUCUCAAACGCUACGCCCAUGCCCUGGUGUUUGGAAUCCUGCUCACCUGCCGCCUGCUGAUUGCGCGCAAGCCCGAAGACCGAUCUUCUGAGAAGAAGCCCUCGCCCCCAGUAAAGGUGGGAAAUGCAGGGAAAGGCGAGGAGCAGCCCUCCCUAUAUGAGAAGGCCCCUCAGGGCAAAAUGAAGUUGUCAUAGGAAAGCGGAAGUGCAAAAAGUGGACCUUCCCGGCAGUUGCCUCCAUGACACCCAGAAAGAUGUCAGUGUGUGUUUUUCAUUUGAUUUAUUUAUCUUGGGGGAGAGGGGAAAGUAUAAUCUGCAAGUUAAUGGCCCUAUUGGCUUGUGUACACCUAUACUCUAAAAUGACCUCCCCACAUAGACAUAUGUGCACCACCUUUAAUCACUUUGGGGCAACUCUCACAUCUUGCUGCAUGUACAUGUAUAUGGCUAACUAUUGAAGUGUUUUUUUGAGAUGGACUCCAGCAAGCAUGUGACUGUGAGAUUAUAUGUGUGGGAAAAUGUAUUUACUGUGUGUGUGUGCACGCACAUGUGGAGGAGAAGGCUCUGAUCUUCAACUAAUCCUUCAUAGGUAUCCUUCCCUUUAUAGACUGAUUCUAGUGAAGACAGAAUAAAAUAAACUUCCUAUAAAAAGAAUCCUACUUUUGGUAUUAAACAAGUGACGGACGUGUUCCCAUAGGAUAGGGGAAUCCCUCAAAAGAUUAAGCUGAAAACUUAAACCUACCACUUUAGGAAAAAGUUCUUUCCAUUUGAGACACCACGUUACGCUCCUUUAUUGACUGUUUGAAACUGAAGCAGUGAACUUGUUACCCAGACACCUUUUUCGGAUUUUCUUAAACCAAAGCUGCCUCACUUCCACUGUUCUCAGCAGCUAACCAGGAUUUGGCAGCUUCUCCACUGCUGUGGUUGAGGGAGCAGGGAUUAGUCCUGUUAGGAGUCUGUGAAUCUCAAACUCUAGCUGUUCUCUUAAAUCAUCUGAAAUUUGACAGAGGAGCUGUACCCAGUGUUUCCCUGCCAAAUAGAUUCACUACUCCAAUUGAAUCAUCACUGAACUUUGUUAUUGUAAACAGAGAUCCAGGUUACCCCCAAAAGUUGUCUCCUCUACACUUCUUUAUCAUUCCUGUGGGUAGAGUUUAGCUGGGGGAAGGACAGUUGAUAUGAGUUAGUUGGAUUGAGCAGUAUGAAAAUUUGCUUUCUUCAUUACAUAUUGCUGUUUCUCCUUGCUAGAUGUGCUUUGAUGGUUUUAAUAUUAUUGUGCCAGGGAUAGGAAAAGGGGUGGGGGGUGUUGUGUGUGGGGGAGUACAAAUUAUUGUAUUUUCUUCAAUGUCAUUGUUCUUGUUAAUUGAUACCUCUCUGUUUUAUUUCUCUCAUUCUUUCAAAAUAAAAAAAAUCUUGAAAUUUG